ACUGCUUUACCAAUUUCAAGAUGGCGGACGUUUACGUGGCCUUAUGCGAUUGCAAACAUCUCCCGAAGAUGCUCCCUUGGUAACUAGUUGUAUGGGGAAAUUAUGUGGAAAGUGAUAGCCCGAUAAAAAUUCUUACACACUGGAAAAAAUGGAACCUGAAGAAGCGAAGGAACGUGUGCUACAAAGACUUGAAUCUGACCUCACAUCCGCUGACCUGCAGUGGAGUUUGUUUAUUGCAGCUCUGGAAAGUUAUAGACACGACAGCAUAUUAAGACCCUUUCCUUCUGCAUACGUGGUUGGUGAUGAUAAUAAGAAUUUUCAAGGGCUGGUUCAAGUUUGCAGUACAGUUCCUGCAUUUGACAAGCUAUUGACAGAAACCAGUGAGAAGGUAUAUGCUCAAGAAACUUGGGAUAUCUUGGACUGGGCACUGGAUAGAACCUUUGCACUGAGAUCUGUUAAGAAAUCUGUGUUCUUGGAGAUUGAGAAAAAAACUGGUCAAGCAAGUUACUGCUCCACCACACCUGACUUCAUUUUCGAAGUUGUUUACAGGGAGACAAAUACUCUCAGUGCAAUGUUUGAUGACAUGUCACAGACUCGUGAUGUUUGGUACGCUUACCAUGGAAGUAGAGUGGACAAUUUUCAUUCUAUUUUGAAUAAUGGAUUACAUGCACAUCUUAACAAAACAUCAUUUUUUGGAGAAGGGACCUACCUGUCAAGUGAUUUAACUGUUUGUAUGAAUUACAGUAGUUUUGGUUCAGGCUGGAAAAACAGCACAAUUGGAGAAAAAUUAAGUAUCGUGGCUGUCUGUGAGAUCCUGGACCAUCCAGAUGUGAAGUGUACUAUCAAAUCUAAAGCAAAUGACAACAGACUAACUCGUUCUAGGGCCAGAGCAAGAAACAGUGAGGGAGGAGAUGUCCCAGAGAGAUAUUAUGUGGUUACAAACAACCAAGUUGUUAGGGUGAAGUAUAUGCUGGUGUAUGCUGAGAAGAAAGCACCUACAAGGACUCAAGCUCGUAACUGGCUGAUAUUCCGAUAUCCGUUAGCCUCAAUCAUGGUUGCCUAUAUCUUAGUUUUAAUUUGUGUGGGUUUCUCCAAAACAAGACUUUUCCAAAAGUUUUAUAGGAAAUAUUUCAAAGGAAGCUAACUUACCUAAGGUUAAAAUAUAUUUUUAAUUCUUUCAAGGGAAUAUUUAAAAUUAUGCAAUACUUUAGCUCAGUAUCUGGUGGCUAGGAAAUGAAGGGUGUGUUUUUAGGUUAUUAGGAAUUUUUAAAUUGUUCUAGGUAGUUUAGUUGUUGCAUUGAAAACACAGGCAAUUUUCUGAUAAAUGGAAGGAAUUAACAUCAAUGAGAGCUACUUUCAUUCCCUCCCAGUAGGUUACAUAAUUAGGGACAUUAUUGAAAAGAAAUGAAGCUUUGAAAUUUUUUUUGGACCUGAUGAUCCUCAGCAAAUAACUUAUGAAUUAUUUCAGAACCAAAGAUCUUAAUGUAAAGGAAAUAGCUACUUUUAGUCUUAUAAGUUUUGCUACGCUCAAAUGUUUAAGUACAAAAACUAUUUCAAUGUAUAAUUUUAAGUAUUCAGUGUAUCACUGCAUCUACCUGACAGGGUAAGGACCUUAGAGUCUUCUCCUUAGUUAUUACAUAACUUGCAGUGUU